AUGGCGGGACGGGCUAUUGCGCUCACGCUGAUCACGGCCCUGAUCGUUAUAAUAAGCGCGUGCGUAGCGCAAGCCGCCUCUAGACCCGCUAGUCUGCGUCUGGUGAAGCUGGGAGGAAGCGCACAGGAUCCGAAAUGCCUCGAUGGCAGUCCUCCCGCCUACUUUCUCCGCGACGGCUAUGGCUCCGGCGUCAACAACUGGCUGGUCUACUUGCAAGGUGGCGCGUGGUGCACGAGCAAGACGGAGUGUGCGCAGCGCGCCACGACGCCGCUGGGCUCGAGCAAGUUCUGGCCCGAACCGAGUAGCGCCUCAUUCGUGCGCGUGAUGCGGAACUUGAACAGCCAGUUCACGGGGCUGCUGAGCAGCAGCGAGGUGCAGAACCCCGACUACUACAACUGGAACACAGUCAUGGUCGUCUACUGCGACGGCGGCGGGUACGCCGGCACGGCGGGCGCCGUCAAAGUCAACGCCUCCACCACCAUCCACCUGGACGGCCAUCGCAUCCUCAAAUCCAUCGUCGCAGACCUGGCUAAGCGAGGCAUGGCGACCGCGAAGCGCGUCCUGCUGACGGGGUGCUCCGCUGGAGCGCAAGCGGUGUCCACGUCGUGCGAUGACGUGGCGGCGGCAGUGCCGGCCGCCAACACCAAGUGCCUCAUGGACGCCGGCUUCUUCCUCGAUGGGUGGGACGAGAACGGCACCCCUGCGUUCCGCACCAUUGCACAGAAGCUGGUUGACGUCCACCAGGCACAGUAUGACGCCGACUGUGUUAAAGCCUCUCACUCGUCAUUCCUCUUCCGCUUGUUUCCUCUCCAACACCCCACCUUCACCCAACCGAUUUUGCUCACGUUCUCCCUUUCCCUCUCGCUCCCUGCCUCCCAACCCUUCUCCUCAGCAAACCGCAAGGUGACUCAGUGGAGGUGUUUCUUUCCGCAGAAUAACCUGGAGUUUGUGUCAACACCCGUCUUCAUCAUCAACUCUAUCAACGACUACACAGCCAUGGAUAUCCUUAACUCCGCAAACAAGGCAUCCAGUGCGUCCUCCUCCAAUGUCCUACUGUGCCUCGACGAGCUUCGGCCGUCCGGAGGCACGGCAGGGUACGUUCCCAAGGCGGUGAAGCAGCCUCGGCGCAAGAAUGGCAACGCCACGUGCUCCGCAGCAGCUCGGGACGCGCUCAAGCGCUACUCGGUGCGGCUGCAGAACCGCAUUCAGAGUUUGGCUCGGCGGCGGCCGAACACUGACACGUUCCUGCUGGGCUCGGUGGCGCACUGCGUGACGAUAUACCCCACUUGGCUCAGUGUACAGCGCAAGGGGUUCUACAUGCGCGCCGAAGUCUCGAAUUGGUUGUUGAAAAACCAGAGCGUUCAAUUAAGACAGCGGCGUGGAGGAGGGCACCGUGUGUAG